CUGUUCCUUAAUCAAAGGAACCGUCAGAUAUCGUCAUUCCAUGGAACUGAAAUAUUGGUGAAUUAGACCAGGUUCCCUAAAGGACUGCAAAAUGGAGCCAAUAACAUUCAAAGUUAAAAAGUAUCACACACCUAGUGAUUUCUCAGCAAGUUUCAGUCUCCAGCUUGUUGGUUCUCUGCCAGUGCAUUCCCUAACCACCAUGUCAAUGCUGCCUUGGAUUGUGGCAGAGAUCCGCAUGCUCAGUACAAAGUCUUCCAAAGAAGAACCUAGCAUCAGCCAAAUCCGACUUUGUGUUUCACCAGCGAGUUUGCGAUGUGAACCAGACACAGGGAAAAUCCAGCAGUGGGAUCCUUUGAUUUGUUCAAGUUUGUUUGAAUACAAGCCACAGCAUGUCCACAAACUGAUUCACAACAGCCAUGAUCCAAGCUACUUUGCUUGUCUGAUAAAGGAUGCAGCAGCAAAUCAGCGAAGUAUCUGCUAUGUAUUUAAAGCUGAUGAUCAGACAAAAGUGCCUGAGAUUAUAAGUUCUAUUCGACAAGCUGGAAAAAUUGCUCGUCAAGAAGAGUUUCAGAAUAAUCUCUCAGACGUUGAAGACCCUUUUGCCAAAAAGUUUGAGGUGCUGUUCUGUGGACGGGUGACAGUAGCACAUAAAAAUGCACCUCCAGCACUCAUCGAUGAAUGCAUAGAGAAAUUUAAUCAUGCAAGUUGUACAAAAAAAUCAGAUUUCAACUCAUCAUCCCAACAACAUGAAACUGCCAAUAACUUUGGAGGUUUCUCUUUCAGCAACAAAUUUCGGUCUGUCUUCCAGCCCUCAGUCAGUGAAGAGGAAGAAAAUAGGCCAAUUAGGAAAUCCUUUUCUCAGCCUGGGCUUCGUUCCUUUGCUUUUAAGAAGGAUUUGCAAGAGGGAAGCCAUAGGAGUAACAGCUUUGUCAGGUCUUUUGAAGAAGAUGCAAUUUCGCUGAACCUUAAAAGUCAACUUAUCUAUGGACGCAGUGUUGUGCAGCCAACAGACAUUGCAGAAAACCGGACAAUGUUGUUUACGAUUGGCCAGUCUGAAGUUUACCUUAUCAGUCCUGACACAAAAAAAGUAGCAAUUGAAAAAAGCUUUAAAGAAAUAUCCUUUUGUUCUCAGGGAAUUAGACAUGUGGAUCACUUUGGGUUCAUCUGCAGAGAGUCUUCAGAAAAUGGAGGCUUCCACUUUGUUUGCUACGUGUUUCAGUGUACAGAUGAAGCACUGGUUGAUGAAAUCAUGAUGACAUUGAAACAGGCUUUCACCGUAGCUGCUGUGCAACAAACUUCCAAGGCACAGCCCCAGCUCUGUGAAGGAUGUCCUAUGCAAAGCUUGCAUAAACUCUGUGAGAAGAUAGAAGGGUUACACCCUUCUAAGACUAAACUAGAACUACAAAAGCAUCUAACAACACUAAAUAACCAGGAGCAGGCCUCUGUUUUUGAAGAAGUUAAGAAAUUAAGACCAAGAAAUGAUCAAAAAGAGAAUGAGUUGGUUAUCUCUGUUUUGAGAAACAUGUAUGAAGAAAAACAGAAGGACCAUGUUCAUGUUGGAGAAGCGAAACAGACUUCACAACCCCCUGCUGAGAAUGCUGUAAAUGAGGCGCCCAGCAGUGCUCCCAGAUUCAGAUUAGAUAUGUUAAAGAACAAAGCAAAAAGAUCUCUGACAGAAUCAUUUGAAAGUAUUUUAUCACGUGGCAGUAAAGCCAGAGGUCCGCUGGACAGUUCUGGUGCUGUGGAUUUGGACAGCUCCACGUCCAGUACCUUAAGCAGCCCAAGUAAAGAACCACCAUUGUGUGAAAAGGAGAAGGACAGACUUACGGUUCCUACAGAAAACGCUGUCAAGACCAGUGGAUCAGUGGGUGAUCUCUCCAGAGAUGCAGAUGAUUCUCCUGUUGAGCAGUCUGUUACAUUACCUCAGCAAAGCUUUCGGAGGCGAGCAAACACACUGAGUCAUUUGCCAACAGAAAGCCAGGAAUCUCUGGUACCUGUUGAAACAUCACCGUCUGUUCCCCAGAGGAAACUUAUGAGGUAUCACUCAGUGAGCACAGAGACUCCUCACAAAAGAAAUUCUUCUGGUCAACUUGCACGUUCUCCUACUCUAGCUCGUCUUAAUCCCUCGGCCUCUUCGCCCAACUUUUUUAAAUAUCUAAGGCAUAAUUCAAGUGGAGAACAAAGUGGGCAUUUUGCACAAAAGAGCAUCUCCUACCGUACUGCCUUAAGGAAAAAGCUUCAUUCUUCCUCUUCUGUGCCAAAUUUCUUAAAAUUUCUGGCUCCUGUAGAUGAAAAUAACACCUCUGACUUUAGGAGCACGACAAGCGACUACGUAUCCAAACACAGCCAGCAGGCCAUUGAUGCGGACAGCCCUGUAAGAACUCGACGGCAUUCAUGGAGGCAACAGAUAUUCCUGCGAGUGGCAACCCCUCAGAAAGCAUGUGAUUCUCCCAGCCGAUAUGAUGAUUACUCCGAACUGGGAGAACUUCCACCAAGAUCCCCAUUGGAACCAGUGUGUGAAGAUGGCCCCUUUGGGCCAGUGAAAGAAGAAAGGAAACGGACACCCCGUGAGCUUCGCGAGUUGUGGAAGAAAGCCAUUAUUCAGCAGAUACUACUCCUCAGAAUGGAGAAAGAAAACCAGAAGUUACAAGCUUCAGAAAACAAUUUGCAGAACAGACGUCUGAAACUUGACUAUGAAGAAAUCACACCAUGCUUAAAAGAUGUAACUUUGAUUUGGGAAAAAAUGUUGAGUACACCUGGAAGGUCAAAGAUUAAAUUUGAUGUGGAAAAAAUACACUCUGCUGUUGGGCAAGGAGUACCACGUCACCACCGUGGGGAGAUCUGGAAGUUUCUAGCAGAACAAUACCAUCUUAAACAUCAGUUUCCGAGUAAACAACCACCAAAGGACACACCUUAUAAAGAACUCCUAAAACAACUAACUUCCCAGCAACAUGCAAUACUUAUUGACCUAGGGCGCACGUUUCCAACACAUCCGUACUUCUCAGCACAGCUGGGAGCUGGGCAGCUGUCACUCUACAAUAUUUUGAAGGCCUAUUCGCUUCUGGACCAGGAAGUAGGAUAUUGCCAGGGCCUUAGUUUUGUAGCAGGAGUUUUACUACUUCAUAUGAGUGAAGAAGAUGCUUUUAAAAUGCUAAAGUUUCUCAUGUUUGACAUGGGCCUGAGGAAACAAUAUCGUCCUGACAUGACAAUUUUACAGAUCCAAAUGUAUCAACUGUCUCGACUUCUUCAUGACUACCAUCGAGAUCUCUACAACCACCUAGAGGAACAUGAGAUUGGCCCCAGCCUUUAUGCUGCUCCCUGGUUUCUCACCAUGUUUGCCUCUCAGUUUCCUCUCGGAUUUGUAGCCAGAGUGUUUGAUAUGCUCUUUCUUCAAGGAUCAGAGGCUAUAUUUAAAGUGGCUUUAAGCCUUUUGGGAAGCCACAAGCCCUUGAUUCUGCAACAUGAGAACCUAGAAACUAUUGUUGAUUUUAUUAAAAGCACUCUCCCCAACUUGGGUUUGGUACAGAUGGAAAAGACCAUUAGUCAGGUGUUUGAAAUGGAUAUUGCCAAGCAGUUGCAAGCUUAUGAAGUUGAAUACCAUGUGCUUCAAGACGAGCUUAUAGAUUCAUCUUUAAAUGACAAUCAGAGACUGGAUAAAUUAGAGAAGGCAAACAGUAGCUUGCGGAAACAAAACUUUGAUCUCCUGGAAGAACUGCAGGUGGCUAAUGGAAAGAUCCAAAACCUUGAAGCCACAGUAGAGCUUUUAUUGACCAAUGAAGGCAAGCUGAAGCAAUCCAUUCUCACUCUUGAGCAGGAGCGAGCAGCUUUGCUGAAAGCAGUGGAAGAGAUGCGGAAAAAGAUUGGUGAUACAGAUGGGAAGCCUCUACUUACUAGACAAGAACACAUGGAUGCUGACUGACAUUUACAGUUGUAAUGGAGCAGAGAAGCUGAGCAAGAAACAAGGGAAGAACCAGGUCUUUUUGUCAUGAUCCAUGGGGAUUUGACAUUGUCACCUUCAUUGUACAUGCCUUAUUGUAGCAAAGCAAGGUACGGGCAUGGUGACUUCCCAUAUCAGAGAAGCUGGUUUCUCGGGGAGAAGGCUCUUUCUUCUUAGUAUGUAGAAAUACUAUGAACAGUAAGAUGCCACAUAAUAAUAAGCAGGAGAAACUUAAUAGUGCGUGCAGUCAUACACAAUACACUGUAAAGAUGUCAUGGAUUCUUCCUUAAGUGCUUCUAAACCCAAGUGCUUUGUGUUCAUCACAUAUUUUGUUCGUGUGUGUAUCACCACCGUAGCACAUCCUUUAGAAGGUUCUUUGAAGAAAUAUGGCAGUGUAAAACCUUUGAACGGAUGACUGCCCCAUUGCAGCUAUGUGGUGGUAACAUUUACAGAAUUUUGUGAUUGGACUUGAGAUAUUUUUGACUGUGUAAUUCCCCUACGGCUUGACUGGGUUUUGUUAAUUAUGUUGUUUACGCUUCAGAAAACUGCUUCCUGAUGCUUGAAGGUGUCAAUCCAUUGGACUUCAGAGAGCUGGACUUCAUCAUAUGUAACUAUGCAUAAUUGGGUGGAUUGCCAUCUGUUUUUACAAGUACAUUGUUUUAGUACGUUUUUUGUUUAACAACCAUUGAUUUAGUGUAUUGUUAAUUGGCGUUAUCUGAUAAACAUACUGUAUAUAGUAACUGCAUUAUGCUUAACAAAAUACACUGACAUUGGUUUGGUGAAGCCUGUGACUCUUGCAACAUCAUCCAAGGAUUUAUAUUCAGACUCUUCAAGUUUCUUCUUAUUUAUUUCUGAUCUGCCGUGCGAUGUAAGACAUCCUUUUGCUGGGAAACUAAUGCCCACUUUUAUUUGGUACUCUGUGUCCACCCAUCCUCUGGGAAAUGUUAUUCUGUAAGACUUUUUCUGAAGUAGUGGAGGCAUUUGAAGAGCUUCAUGUUGUGCCAGAUAUGCUUAAACUGUUUUAUAAAGGGUAUGGCAGUUUGAAUUAGGACACCAUUCUUUUUACAAUGCAUCUUUCAAGUAAGAUUACACAUGUAAAAAAAAAUAAAAAAAAAAUCUCACUUUCCUUAAUACGGUUAAAGUUGUUUUCAGGCCAGUUAAAGCACCAGUGCUACAAGUGCAAUAAUAUCCAUGGAUAUCCAGUUGUUUGGGUUUGCUUCAGAAUUAGGAAUAGUGCCAUAGUUCUGUCCAGUCCCCAAGCACAGAGUUAAUAGGCCAUCGGUGUUUUGUUACGGUGGAGAUUCACACAGGAGAUUUUUGUUUUUGUUUUUGUUUUUUUCUUAAAUUGAUAUUUUUAAAAUUUCAAAGCGUGUAGUUUUUUCUCUGACUGGCAAUGUAGAAAAGGUUUUGGUUUGCUUUUUCCUUUUCUCAUGCAAAUCCCCCUGACACAUUGUGGUUGUAGUUUAAUAGGAGAGCUGUAACAUUCAUCUACUGUGCAGAACAAAUACCUCUAUGUAGGUCAAAAAGAAAAAGAGAAUUUACUCUUUAAUUUCUAGAAGCUUUGCUUGACUCUGUCGUGUCUUAAAUAUGUCUGGUUCUUGCAAAUCCACUCUGUAUUCACUUAGUAUUGAAAUUCUAGAUAAAUCAGUUAUUGUUAAUCCAUUUACCUCUUGGGCUUGUUUUUUUAUUUGGAAAUCCAUAUUGAAGCUCAUGCUUCAUGUUUAAAAUCUUGUCAUAAUGGACCUCAUACUGUUAGAGCACUCAGUAAUGUUGCAUUUUUACAGCAUAGUGCCAUAAUUCAUACACUGACUUUUUAACAAGAGCAAUAAAAAUAAUAAU